AUGCGAGCAACGAUGGAGAAGGUGAAGAGUUCUGAAGAGGAGGUCUUGGCAGUCGCCGGGAUGAAGAACGAGCUCGAGGCUUCCAUCUACGGCAGCCGGGAGAAGCUCGAGCGUGAGGACAUCAUCAAGGUGUCCACUGAAGAGCAGCGCGAGGAGUUGACAAAGUUGCUCGCCGAGUACGAGGAUUGGAUGUACGAGGCCGGGGCGACCGCGUCCGACUACUCGACCAGGCUGAGCAACUUGCAGGCCCUGCUGGCCCCCAUGGACGAGAGGGCCAUGGAGCUGGAGUUCCGCGCUGACCUGCCAGACACAGUAAAGGAGUACGUCGAGAACAUGAAAGAGACCAAAGUCUUCAUCGAGAAGAACAUGACAUGGGUCGAGCCUUCGCAUGCAGAGUGUUCUCUAGGUACGUAA